AACUUUUAAUUUUUCCUAUGCAAUAGGUCAGUGUUCCAGCCUUUGUGCCAACCAGAACUCAUGAACUCCUGCACCGAAUGAGUGGGAAAGGAUUAGCAGCUCAUUAUCACUUCUCAAGACAGCCAUGCGUUUACAAUGAUCAGAUGGUAUCUGUCCAAGUGACUUUGGCUAACACCACUGACCAGAAGAUAGAAAAUAUCCACUUAGGCGAAAAAAAGCUGCCUACUGGCAUGAAAGUGCAUGUGUUUAACCCAAUAGAAUCUCUUGAACCUGGGGAAUCUAUGACAGUCUCAGUAGGGAUUGACUUUUGUGAUUCUACCCAGGCUGCCAAUUUCCAGUUGUGUACAAAAGAUGAUCAGUUCAGUAUUAAUAUUCAACCCCCUGUUGGAGAACUACUUUUACCAGUUACUAUGUCAGAAAAAGACUUUAAGAGAGAACGAGGAAGGUUGACUGGUAUGAAUGAAACAUCCACUACAGUCACUGUUGCACCACAAAAUUCCACUCGUCUUGUAAUAUUGCAGAAGGUGGUAAGCGUAGCAAACCUUGGUGUGGUUCCUUCUGGUGAAGAUAACAUUCACAGAUUUGCAGCUAAAACGGUGCAUAGUGGGUCACUGCUGCUAGUCACAGUGGAGAUGGAAGAAGGGUCUACAGCACAGCUCAUCAUAAACACCGAGAAAACCGUGAUUGGCUCUAUUCUGCUGCGGGAGCUGAAGCCUGUCCUGUCCCAGGGGUAACCUGCUUACAUCUGGACUUCAGAAUCUGGCACACAACAAAAGUGCCUGGCAUCCACUACUGCUGCCUUUCAUUUAUAAUAAUAGCCUUUCCAUCUGGCAGUGGGGGAAGAAUACACUCUUGACAUUCUUGUCUCCUGUUUUAGAAUGCUAUAGUGUGCAUCUAUCACACACAAGCAAGUACUUCGCAUCUUUCCCCCUUGCUUUUUAACCAAAGAAACAUGUACUUUACUGUCAGCUAAAUUCAUAAAUGUUAUUUACAAGGUGUUUUUCCUAGCCUCAUACUCUUUCUGCUUUCCUCAUUUUCAUGUUUUGUUUUCUCUCAUGAAAACAAUAAAAGACUGAGGAAUAAGGUACUGGAAAAAAAUCAGCUUAAUCAGAACACUAAAAUAAAAUUCAAGGAAAUCAAUAUGGAAAAUACCUUCACAGUGUUGAUUGUACUGGAGUGUUUGAGAGAGAUAAAAUUUUGCAGUUUUUAUAUCCCAGAGACUAUUUGCUUCUGUACUUGAGCAUAUAUUUGUAUCUAAUCGUUCCUCACGGCUGCCAUAAUUUUCUAAAAAUUGAGAUUCUAAUAAAGUCAUGUUAUGAUAAAUUUGUUUUCUUCUGAGAGCUAUUAAAAACAAAAUUUCUAUUA